AUGGUCCUGGUUCUGGUUCUUACCCUGGUCCUGCUCCUUUCUCUGUCUCUGUCCAUGGUCCUGGCCCUGGUUCUGGUCCUUUCUCUGCUCCUUUCUCUGCUCCUUUCUCUGAUCCUGGCCCUAACCCCGGUCCUGGUCCUGGUCCUGCAGGUGGAGCCGUUUGCCAGCCUGGCGGGGGCGGUGCGGGGGGGCGUUCCGCGGCUCCUGGUGAACCGGGUCGCGGUGGGUCCGUUCUCCGGGCGGCGCCGGCCGCAGGACCUGCUGCUGCUGGGGGACCUGGUGGCCGGCGUGCGCGCCCUCAAGCAAAAGAAGAAGAGUGAGCGGUUUCAGGAGGCAGAAGAAGAAGAAGAGUGA